GCUUAAUCCUAGUAUACGGUGCACAUGACAGUUGGCGAUGAAGAGGAGUGUUGCAAGCUUUAAACACGGGUUAAUCUCUCAACUUCGUUUAGUAAUAGUUCCCCCGAAAAUUUGCGUUUACCUCUGUUUUAAAGUGAAAAAAACGUGUUUGUGAAGUUAAGAUAUCACAACCUUUGCAAAAUGACAACUUUUUCUGUUGAUAAAAUGCAUCAUCAUGCUGGUUAUCUUGUUAUCAAUGAAGAUGGAGGCAUAAUAGCAUCUGGUGGAGAUUUAGAAUGUAAUGAAAAAAUGGCUGAACUAUUUUAUCAGAUGGUUAAAGGUGUUCAUGCUGGAAUUCUUUCUCUUUCUGAGAAUGGUACUGGUUUUAGAAAAUUAUCAAUAAACUAUGAUGACCACUUCUAUGUUAUAGCAGUUUCAAACAAGAAAAUACAUGUUGUGAAAAGAUCUUACAAUGAAACAGAGCUUAUAUGAAAUUUUUAUUUCAAUUAUGUAUAUAUUUGCUUCUUUGAAUAUCAUCUACUAUGUAAUUCAGGAAAAUGUAAAUAAAAUUGUCAAUAAAAAAUUGUAUUUAUA